GUUGCCUCUCUGAUCCCUGGAGCAUUGCUCUGCAGGAGCUCCUCCGACCAGUGCGAGCCCUGCUGGUCUCCAGUCAUCCUCUCAAAACUGCACAUGGGAAGACGAGUGGUAGCAGAAGAGUGGGAGUAUCCAUCCUGCAUGCAGUGGACAGCAAGGGAAAAGACAGAGGAGAUGGAAAAACUAAGAAGUGUGAGCAUGUUUGAAGUGCAGAAUACAAAAACAAUGGGAAAUUGAAAAAAGCGAUAAAACAAGAUGAGAGGGGGAGAAAAAAAAUCUGAAAAAAAACUGGAAUUGGAAAUGUAGGGUGGCACAGGGAAUAAGUGAGCGAAUGGGAGAGGAAGAGAGAGAGUAAGAGGGAAGGGAGGGAGGCGAACAACACUGCAGACACUCAUCCACUGUCACUGCUCCGCAGCCAGAGGACAGCGGCAGUGCCGGCAUCAGUGAUAGCGGAUACGAUGGAGGAGGACGGCUGCACCAUCCGUCUGCAGUUCAGCCCCCAUAACUGACUACUUCCCUCUGGAAACAUCCUGUCAAGUUGGGAACAAAACAAGCAAAAAGGGAGGAAACUACCGUCUCUGUCCUUCACAAGAUCACAAGUUCUGGAGCUCAACUAACGCAAGACCAUCGUUCACACCCUUCACAAUAAUUUCUCCUGUUGUACACACCCACACUCCUCAUCACACCCUCUCCUUCAAACUGAAGCCCGCUGCACUUUUCGUUGCCUUUUGGACUUGUGUGUUUUGGUUGUUUCAUUAUUGCUGCUUUUGCUGACCUUUCGAGCUGAGUGGAUUUACUUUUCUCCUGUGGUGGACCAUGGGACAGGGGUGGCAGGGCACAGGAGGGACUCCCAGGAAACGGACACGGGGGAGCUGGUACCUUUUGGUGACACUGCUGCUCUGUGGCUUCUGGAAGGCUCACUCGCAGACAGACGAUGGGAAGUCUCUCUACUUCUGGGAAACAGGUCCGUGGGGGAGAUGCAUGGGCAGCGACUGCGGGCCGGGUGGAAGCCAAAGCCGGGCGGUCUGGUGUGCCCACGUGGACGGCUGGACGACACUUCACACCAACUGUGACCAGGGCCAGCGGCCCUCCAACCAGAGGAACUGUUUCCGCGUGUGUGACUGGCACAAGGACCUGUAUGACUGGAAACUUGGUGCCUGGAAUGAGUGUGUGCCAGUGUCUGCAAGGACGUUUGGGGCCCCAAGGCAGUUCACAUGCAGUGGAGGCGAAGAGGGCAUUCAGAUCCGGGAGGUGGGCUGCAUACUCAAGUCCGACGGGUCUCCUGCAGAGGAUGCCAUCUGUGAGUACUUUGAGCCCAAGCCACGCCUGGAGCAGGCGUGUUUGAUCCCUUGCCCUCAGGAUUGUGUUGUAUCCGAGUAUUCGCCAUGGACCUCCUGCUCCAAAACAUGCGGAACAGGCCUCAGGAACAGAAUACGUAGUGUCCUGGUUCCUCCACUUUUUGGAGGAGCAGGUUGUCCUAAUCUCACUGAAUUCCAGUCCUGUAAACCAGGACCUUGCACGGGUCCUGAAGGCCUGUACAGCCUUAGAGUUGGACCAUGGAGCACAUGUGCCCUGCCACAGACCCGGACUGCACGGCAAGCAAAACGCAGGAAGGGCAAAGGCCAAGGGCUCAGAGAGCGAGGAGGAGUAAAAGAUCCUGAAACCAGGGAGCUGAUUCAAAAGAAACGGUCCAGGAACCGCCUUAACCGACAAGAGAGUCCAUUCUGGGACAUUCAGGUGGGCUACCAGACCAGGGAAGUGACCUGCAUACACAGAAAUGGGAGCAGAGUGGUUCGCAACUUGUGCAUACCACGGGAACUGCCACUGACCAUCCAGUCCUGCGUUCUCCCCAAAGACUGCCAGGUAACUGAAUGGACCAACUGGAGUUCAUGCUCCAAGACCUGUGUGGAUCCUGAAUCUCCAAGAGGAAAUCGCACUCGAAGAAGACAGGUGCUCCAGUUCCCUGUUGGUGAGGACGUUGAGUGCCCAUUGCUGGAGGAGACAGAGUACUGUGAGCCUCAGGGUGGAAGUGUUCCUCCCUGCGCCAGUUACACAUGGAGAACCACUGAGUGGAGCGACUGUCGGGUUGACUUACUGCUGAGCCAACAAGACCGACGACGCAGCAACAUGACGGGGCUUUGUGGAGGUGGCCUGCAGACGAGGGAAGUUUAUUGCGUCCAGGCAAAUGCAGAGCUUCUGAAAUACCUCAACAACCUCAAAGAAAAAGACAAAGCGGGUCAGACCCAAAGACAGCAGAAGCCUAGUGUCCCCCCUCUCCUCUCCAUCACCUUCCAGAUAACAGCCUCCCGUCCUGUGGAAAACAAGCUGUGCACGGGUCCGAUCCCAAACAGAUCCCAGUUCUGCGAAAUCCCCUGCCCCGUCGACUGUGAGGUGUCACCGUGGGGUGCCUGGGGUCCAUGCAUCUUUGAAAACUGUGAUGAUCAGACUGGAAAGAAAGGUUUCAAACUGAGGAAACGACAGAUUACCAAUGAACCAACCGGGGGCCCAGGAAGCUGCCCUCACCAAGUGGAAGCCAUGCCAUGUGAUGAACCCAGUUGUUACAAGUGGCAGCUGGUCAGCCUGGAUAGGUGUAUUCCUGAUGAUGGGAAGCAGUGCGGCCCAGGAACUCAGCUGCCACUAGUGCAGUGCAUCAACAGCAAUGGAGACAUUGUGGAUAGAAGUUUCUGCUCGUCUUUAGCAGCUUUGGAGCCCAUCCCCUGUGAGGUGCCUUGCGCAAGAGACUGUGUGCUCAGCGACUGGACGCCCUGGUCGACCUGCUCUCAGACAUGUUCCAGUAAGACUGUGGAGGGCAAGCAAAUGAGGACCCGCUCCAUUCUGGCAUACAACGCCGGGGAAGGUGGUUCCCUGUGUCCAAACAGCAGUGCACUUCAGGAGGUGCGGAACUGUAACGAACAUGCCUGCAUCGUUUAUCACUGGCAGACGGGGCCCUGGGGGCCAUGCACAGAAGACCCCUCCACAGCAUCUCUGAACACCUCAGCAGGGAUACGUCCCACUGGAGAUAGUCAGGGUCUGUGCUCCAUGGGAGUGCAGACUCGCAAGGUCAUGUGCGUCCGGGUCAACGUCGGACAGGUACCACCCAAAAAGUGUCCAGAAGGCCCUCGCCCAAGCACGAUGCGACCGUGUCAGCUGCCCUGCAAGAAAGACUGUAUUGUGACUCCUUUCUGUGACUGGACUGAAUGUUCGGUUACCUGUGAUGCAGGUGGUGACAUUGUGAAGAGAAAGCAAUCAAGGAGACGUCUUGUCAUCCAAAUGCCUUCUAAUGGAGGACAGGAGUGCCCGGUUGUUCUUGAAGAGGAGAGGGACUGUGAUGUCCCCAAAGUCUGUCCUGGUUUCAGGUGGAAAACUCACAAAUGGAGGAAGUGCCAACUGGUCCCAUGGUUUCUGAGAAAGGACACACUCGGUGCUCAAGAGAUGUGUGGACCAGGACUUCAGACCCGAGCUGUGUCUUGCCGCCAGCUGGACGGGACACAGGCCGACAUCAGCGAGUGCUUGAAGUCCGCCAAGGCCAUGCCCGCCAUCACUCAGCGCUGUCAGCUCCCCUGCCAGGAUGACUGCCAGUUAACCAACUGGUCCAAGUUCUCGUCCUGCACAGCUGACUGUGUGGGGGUCCGCACCAGAAAGAGGGCAUUGAUAGGGAGAAGCAAAAAGAAGGACAAGUGCAAAAACACACAAAUGUACCCUCUAAGUGAGACGCAGUACUGUCCCUGUGAUAAGUACAAUGCCCAGCCGGUGGGGAAGUGGUCUGAUUGCAUCCUGCCAGAGGGAGGGAGGGCAGAGAGCACCGCAGGGAUGAAGGUCCAGGGAGACAUCAAGGAGUGUGGACAGGGUUACCGCUAUCAGGCAAUGGUGUGCUACGACCAAGACAACCGGCUGGUGGAAACCUCGCGCUGCAACAGUCACGGUUAUAUCGAAGAGGCGUGCAUCAUUCCCUGCCCAUCAGACUGUAAGCUCAGUGAGUGGUCCAACUGGUCCCGGUGCAGCAAGUCCUGUGGAAGUGGAGUGAAAGUUCGCUCCAAGUGGCUUCGAGAGAAACCGUACAACGGAGGCCGGCCAUGUCCAAAACUGGACCACAUCAACCAGGCUCAGGUGUAUGAGGUGGUGCCUUGUCAGAGCGACUGCAAUCAGUACGUAUGGGUCGCCGAGCCAUGGAGUGUGUGGAAAGUCAGCAAUGUGGAUCUAAAGGAGAACUGUGGAGAGGGUGUGCAGACCAGAAAAGUCAGGUGCAUGCUUAACACUGUGGAUGGUCCAUCUGAGGCUGUGGAGGAUUACCUGUGUGACCCAGAGGAGAUGCCCCUAGGGGCCAGGGAGAGCCGGCUGCCGUGCCCAGAUGACUGUGUCCUCAACGACUGGGGCCCCUGGAGCCGCUGUAGCAUGCCCUGCACCAGAAACAACAGCCGAGUGCGGGCAGCAUACACCCUCCGAUACCCCGGCGUUGGCAGGCAGUGCCCAGACAUGUCUGACAAAGAGUCAUGCAGUCUGAACCUCAACUGCUUCAACUACUUCUACAACAUCACAGACUGGAGCACUUGUCAGCUGAGCCCGAACGCUGUUUGUGGAAGCGGUAUCAAAACCCGGAUGCUCGACUGCGUUCGCAGUGAUGGCAAAUCUGUAGAUAUUAAAUUCUGCGAGGAGCUGAGUUUGGAGAAGAACUGGCAGAUGAACAUCUCCUGUACAGUUGAGUGUCCUGUCAACUGCCAGCUGUCGGAGUGGUCGACGUGGUCUGAGUGUUCGCAAACCUGUGGACUAGAAGGUAAGAUGCGAAGGCAGCGCUCUGUGGUUCAAGCCUCAAAGGGCGACGGCCGGCCGUGUCCUUCACAGAUGGAACAGUGGAAGCCCUGCCCUGUCCGACCCUGCUACAGAUGGCAGUACAGCCCCUGGUCUGAGUGUCGGGUUGAGAGUGUGGUGUGUGGACACGGCACACGCUACAGGAACCUGUCCUGCUUUGUGUCAGACGGGUCCAGCGACGGCGAGAGCAGCAUGGUGGACGAGGAGCUGUGCAACACCCUGGAGUUGGCCAUCAAUGGAGACAGGAAAAUCAUACUGAAAGAAGCCUGCACCCUCCCAUGUCCAGGUGAAUGCUACCUAAUGGAGUGGUCUGACUGGAGUUCAUGUGUCAACAUCUGUGUGAAAGGAGCCGGUGUAGACUUUGGUUCCAUUCAGGCCCGUUCACGAGCCGUAUUGGCCCAGGAGCCUGAAAACCUGCAGCUAUGUCCAGAUCAGGCAUGGGAGUCGCAACCUUGCACAGGAGGCGAUUGUUACGAGUACAAGUGGUUCAGCAGCAGCCGUCCAAACUCCAACCCUCCAGUUAUCUGGUGUCAACGCUCAGACGGACUCAACGUCACCGGUGGUUGUCCUGCAAUUAAUCCUCCAGUGGACAACAGCUCCUGUGACCCUACCUGUCUCAUGCCGAAGUCUUUCUGCAGCGAGGCCGGGACAUGCAUGUGUGAGGAGGGUUUCACAGAGGUCCUGUCACCUGCGGGACAGCUGGACCAGUGUGCCCCCAUCCCAGUCCUGGAGAUUCCCACUGCAGGUGACAAGAAAGGGGAUGUAAAGACCAGUCGUGCCAUUAACCCCACCCUGCCCAGCACCAUCCAGCCGGGACGCACUGGGCGGACCUGGUACCUCCAACCCUACGGACCAGAUGGGAAGCUGAAGAUGUGGGUGUACGGUGUAGCAGCGGGAGCCUUUGUGCUCCUCAUUUUCAUAGUGUCUAUGAUAUACCUAGCUUGCAAAAAGCCAAAAAGACCUCAGAGACAGAGGCAGCAGAACAACCGGCUAAAACCUCUAACACUCGCCUACGACGGGGACACAGACAUGUAGAGCUCCUUCACCUGUCACAGAGACCCCUUCAUUGCGCCAUGACAGUGAGGGACAUGAAUGUUUGCAGCGUGAAUGGAGACACCAGAGAGAAGAAAUCCUCUUAGCAAAGACACUGUUGGGUUAACCAUUUUAAAUCGAGCUUCAUUGACUUGUUUUUAUUUUCCUUAACCAGAACCUUCAUGACCUCCAGAUUGUUAAAUAAAAUGCCGUUUUUUUCCCCCUGAUGUGUCCCUUAUUAUUGAGAUUCAGGAAAGGCUGAGGUGCAGAAGAGUCUCUUAUCUCUCCUGGUUUGUCUACACAUGGCAGCACAAGCUCCAACUCUUUCACCCCCGCACUUUUCUGCUUGUCCCUGAAAACACUGAGUAGCUGGAGGCUUUGGACGCUCUGACGGUUUGUAUGUUGCCAAAAAAAGUAACCGCAGGGGAGAGGAAAAUCUCCAUCAAAAGGUUUGGAUUCCUUUUCCCCUCAAUCCUCAGCUGGGUUUUGACUCAAAUCUUAAACAAAAGGGAGGCAUUUCUUCUCCUUUAUUUCUGCUUGAUUCAGAGGCACACAGGCCUGUGUUUGUGGGAUAAACUGAUCCGUGUACUGCUGAUUGAGCAGCAGCCUGCAAUCCCUCACUGGCGGACACCGCUGCCUGCCGGCCUCCACCCUUGCUUUGUUUCAGGCGCUACAUUGCACUAUAUUAGUGCAGCAUGAUAUGCACAUGUGACUUCUACCUUCUAUUGCCAUAAAACACUGCCUCUUUCACAAACAGAACCACCCAGCAGAGGAAGGUCGAUUGCAACGAGGGAAAUGGCCGCAACACGAGAACUCUGUCACACUCAAGGAAAACGGGUGUGAUCCACGAGUAAAUAUCUGUAUAGAUUUAAUUUUCUUGCAGCAGAGUUUUUGGUUGUAGUAAAGUACAUUUUUGUGGUUUGUAGAUUUCGUCUGGUGUUAUCACUUCAUUUUUGCCCAGAUGCAAGUCCGAAAUCAGCUGGUGGAUUGCUUUUUGAUAAAUCACCCGUUCUACAAUAAAUUUUCUUACCGUUUACCUGAACUAAAACACAUCCUGGAGAGACUGAACUUGUUCAGCAACUAUAAAAGAGAGAAACUGAAGCCAUUCAUGUCAUCCAAACAUCAUUCUGCCUUACUGGUAAUAAAAGAACUGCUCUUAAUAUUUGAUUGGACAAAUAUUAUCCACUACAAUACAAGUAGACAAAAAAGGCUAAUCAUCUAGGCAAACCAGUUUAUAUAACUUUCUCAUGUAGUAACAAUAUUAUAGAUGCUCUAAUGUUCCAGUCUCAAUACAUGGAGAUGAAAUAUAUAAAAAAAACUGUAAAAAUGAAUUAUACAAAAUGUUAAUAAGAAUAUGCCUCUGAGUUAAGUGUAAAAACUAACUGGUGUGAAGAAUGUUUACUUUUUUCGUGAAAUUUGUAAAUAAUGACUUUUUUAUUUUUUGGAGAAAAAAAAUUAAGAGUAUGUGUAAAUUUAUUUUGUAUUGCACAGAAAAUGUUAGUUUGAAUAUUGCAAAGUGGGUGUAUGAUAUUGCUGAUUGUUGUAUGUUGUGACUAAGAAGAUAAAAAAUUCAAACAGAGGGGGAAGAAAAAAGAAAAGACAACGAAUUGGUUGUUUUGUACAGGUUGUUCAUACAUGGAAAGAAUUACUGAAAAUAAAUGCGGACACGGUUGUAAACACAAA